AUGGAGAACCGUUCAGUACCUGGUAACCCUUCUAAGGGAAAUCGGGAUAAGGGAGAUGGUGGCAAUAUUCAGCGCGAGGGUUUUCAAAACCCUAGUCUGUCUUUUAAGAGUUUUGCGAACAGAAUUGGUCCUUCUGAUGGGAUAUCGUUUGCUCCACGUAGAGGAUCAGUCGUUAAUGAGAAUUCUGAGGGAACCUACAUUAAUGUGAUUGAUGAGUUGCUGAAAGUUACGGUUCCGGUUGAACCUGGGGAAAAGUCAUCGUCAAAUAGUGGUGAGGAGAAUGUGAUCGGGGGAAAUCAAGCUGGUAUGGGUAACACGAAACCUCUAUCAUAUGCAGAGUCACUAUUGAAUAAUAACGUCAAAGAGGGUAAUGUGGAUAAUGGCAGCGGUUUGAAAACUAAAUCAUAUGCUGAUUCGUUACUUGCAAAUAAGAAUGUUAAGCUGAAUUUUCGUGCUCUUGCUAGUGAUAGGAUCCAGGAGGGAUGUGAUGUUGUUCUUCCAAGGGAAUCUGUGCGGGUAGUUCAAAACAAAAUGGCUAAUACCCUAUAUGGUUACUUUCUGGGAGAUCGGGUAGCAUACCCGGUUGUUGAUUAUUUUGUCCGUAAUAACUGGAAGAAGUAUGGGGUCCAGAAAUCUAUGAUGAAUGCGAACGGAUUUUUUUUCUUCAAGUUCUCGGAGGAGGCAGGUAUGCUUAAUGCUUUGAAAGCUGGCCCGUGGAUUAUUCGAUCGCAGCCUCUUUUUCUAGAUAUUUGGAGGCCGACUACAAAAUUGGAAAAAAAGGAAGUAAAGAAAGUUCAGAUUUGGGUUAAAAUUCAUGAUGUUCCGAUUGCGGCUUAUACGGAGGAUGGGCUAAGCAUGAUUGCGACCACGAUUGGGGAGCCGAAAGUCUUGGAUUCUUAUACGUCGUCGAUGUGUUCGGAUAUGUGGGGAAGAAGUAGCUAUGCGAGAGCUUUAAUAGAAGUCUCGGCUGAGAAGAAUUUAAGGGAUCAAAUAACGUUAGCGAUUCCUGAACCGGAGGGGGAGGGUUUUGUUAAGGAGACGAUGUCGGUGGAGUAUGAAUGGUCACCGUUGAGAUGUGGCCAUUGUUGUGUUUUUGGGCAUUCUAACGAAACGUGUCCGAAUCAACCGAAGCAGCAGGGUAAUGUUCGUAAUGAUACAAGGGCUGGAAAAAAACCUGUGGUUGAUGACGAGGGUUUUUCGGGAGUUCAUGGUAAGAAGGUUGCUAAGAAGACGGGGUUCCCGGUCAACAAGCCGAAACCAAAGUUUGAAUAUCGGCCUGUGGUUUCUAAGAAGAAUCAUGUUUCGGGUAAUGGGUCGUCUGAGCCCAAGUUUCAAUCGGCUAAUCCGUUUGAGGUUCUAAAUGACCCUAGUGUUAAUGAGAAUGAGGCUGGCAAUAACUCGGGUGAGAUUCCUGUAGAUGUGGAGGAGAAUGAGGUGGAGGAGGGGUUCGUUGAAGGAGGCGAGUAUGAGCUCGAUGAUUACCUACAGCAAGAUACGGUUAAAAGCAUUAAUAGUAAAGGGGCAAGCACUCCUUCUUCGUCGGUUAUUAAUGGUACGAGAAUUAUCGUUGGUUGGAAUCCGUUAGUGUUUGAUGUUAUGGUGCUCUUUCAGUCGGAUCAGGUUAUGCAUUUGCAGUUGUUUUUUAAGCACGAGAAAAAAACGCUCUUUUGUUCUAUCGUUUAUGCUGCAAACUAUUAUAUCACUCGUAGGGAGUUAUGGAAUCAUCUCGGCCUGCAUAAGUCGCUUGUCCGUAAUGAUCCGUGGGUGAUGCUAGGUGAUUUUAACUCAGCGUUGUACCUUGAUGAUAACUCUAUGGGAUGUUCGUCGGUCUCGGCUAGCAUGAGAGACUUUCAAGCGUGUGUUAAUGAUAUUGAGAUGCUGGAUUUGAAUCAGUCCGGUUUACAAUUUACAUGGAGUCAAAAGCCAAAGAAGGGGAUUGGUUUAAUGAAGAAGAUAGAUAGAGUCAUGGGGAAUUCGCAAUUUUUAACCAUUUUCCCGAAUGCGGUGGCUGUUUUUUACCCAGCUCGGCUAUCGGAUCAUAGUCCGAGUGUUCUCAAAAUUCCGGUUCUUGGGAAAGUUAAACAUAAGCCGUUCAAGUUUGCUAAUUUUCUUGUUCAUAAGCCUCAAUUCUUAGACAUUGUGAAGCGUAUUUGGGAGACGGAUGUUAGAGGGGUGUUCCAGUUCUCGGUUGUGAAGAAAUUGCGGAUGUUAAAGUCUCCUCUUCGGGUUUUACUCUUUCAGCAAGGUAAUUUGCAUCAAAAAGUGCAAGUUUUACGUGAGAAACUUGAUCAGAUUCAGCGAGAGCUUGAUAGUAAUCCGGCUAGUGUGGCAAUUAGUGAGGAGGAAACUAUUACUCGCCGUUCUUAUCAGGAAGCUUUAUUGGAUGAAGAGCGGUUCUUGAAACAGAAGUCGAAGGUGGACUGGUUGACGGUCGGAGAUAUGAAUUCAGCGUUCUUUCAUUCGUCCCUUAAGAAUAGAGUUCAUUUUAGUCGCAUCAGUGUUAUUCGGGACACUAAUGGUAAGGUGUAUGAGGAUGAGCAGGUCCAGCUUGCUUUCGUUAAUCAUUAUGAGAACUUUUUGGGUAAUCAAGGUGACAUUUCGAUUAGUCCGGCUCCUGAUUUAUUCACAAACAGGUUAUCGAGUGAAGUUGCGGGUCUUAUGGUGCGUCCGGUUACGCAUGAUGAGGUUAAAAAGGCGAUGUUCUCGAUUGGGUCAGAUAAAGCACCGGGCCCUGAUGGUUUUACUGCUGGUUUUUUUAAAGGUGCCUGGCCUAUCAUUGGUAGUGCAGUGUCGAAUGCUGUGAUUGAUUUCUUUGUGACAGGUAAACUUCUUAGGGAAUUGAAUCACACGCUUAUUGUUCUUCUCCCCAAGACGACCUCCCCGUCAGUGGUUACGGACUAUCGUCCGAUUGCUUGUUGCAAUGUCUUGUAUAAAUGCAUUAGUAAGAUUGUUGCUGAUAGACUUAAAGUGGGUCUGAAUGAUAUAGUCAGUAUCAACCAAUCAGCUUUUGUGCCAGGCAGGAGAAUAUCGGACAAUGUUUUACUUACUCAAGAGCUGAUGCAUAACUAUCAUCGUCAUGUUGGCCCGCCGAAAUGUGCCUUCAAAGUGGAUAUUCAGAAGGCGUAUGACACGGUCGAUUGGAACUUUCUGGAGGGUAUUUUGAUGGGAUUUGGUUUUCAUCCUACAAUGGUUCAUUGGAUUAUGUUAUGUGUUUCCACUACAUCGUACUCGGUGUGUGUUAAUGGCGAGGUUCAUGGGUUCUUUAAGGGUAGUAGGGGUCUGAGGCAAGGUGAUCCGGUCUCUCCUUAUUUAUUUACGCUAGUCAUGGAAGUUCUUACGGCCAUCUUACAGCAUACGGUUAGGAUUGACAAUUCGUUUAAAUUUCAUAAUAAAUGCGAACGUCAGCAAAUUGUCAACCUGUGUUUUGCCGAUGAUUUGUUUAUCUUCGCGAAGGGUGAGAUUGCUUCUGCUAGAUGUAUUAUGAAGGCACUAGAUUCUUUUUCUAAAAUGUCGGGUUUGUUACCUAGUGUUCAGAAAAGUACUGUUUUUUUCUCGAAUGUGCCAUCGUAUGUGAAAGCUGCUAUUCUAAAUUUAAUGCCUUUUAAAGAAGGUUCGUUGCCUGUGAAAUAUUUGGGUGUGCCGCUCAUCUCGACCCGAUUGCUCCAAAAGGAUUGUCUUCUGUUAUUGGAGAAGCUUGAAAAUCGUAUUAUGCACUGGCGCAAUAAACUUCUAUCUUUUGCAGGUAGAUUGCAACUUAUAAAUUCGGUUUUAUCGUCCAUGCAUAUUUACUGGUCUUCUGUGUUUAUUUUACCGAACCGGGUGAUUCAAAAGCUGGAGGCUUUGAUGCGAAAUUUUUUAUGGUCUCAUGAUAGUGCGUUUCAAAAAGGCCGAUCCAAAGUUUCUUGGAAAACAGUGUGUGUUCCUAAGUAUGAGGGUGGUUUAGGUAUUCGUCGAAUCAGUGAUGCUAAUGUAGCCCUUAUGACAAAUCAUAUUUGGAGCAUUCUUACGAGGCGUCAUUCUGUUUGGGUUGAGUGGGUUCACUCUUAUAGGUUGCGAGGUAAAAGCUUUUGGGUGUGCAAAGUUCCAGCUUCCUGCUGUUGGUCUUGGAGAAAGAUUCUUCAGUUACGGCCGAUUGUUAGGAAGUUUUUCUGGUCCGAGAUUGGAAAUGGUUCGGCUACCUCUGCUUGGCACGAUAAUUGGAGUGAGAUAGGUCCUCUGGAUCAGUUCCUUUCUCCCCGGAUGAUUGCUAGCGCGGGUUUUAAUAUGGAGUCAAAGGUGUCCGAUGUCUAUUCCGAUUCGUCUUGGAGAUGGCCGGUUGCGUGGCGGGACUUGUAUCCGGUUCUUAUUCAGCUCGAUGGUAUUUCUUUGCAGCCGAAUAAGUCGGAUAAAGUGUUGUGGCGUCAAGGUAAUCAAAAGCAUGUGUUCUCGUCGUCUAGAGUUUGGGAUUCGGUUCGGUAUCAUGCUGUGGAGGUGGAGUGGUGCCGUCUUGUGUGGUUUGGUCAGUGUAUUCCGCGUCAUGCUUUUUUAUUAUGGCUUAUCAUGAGAAGGAAACUGCUUACUCAAGAUAAGAUUUUGAGUUGGGAUUUAUCGCGCAGGAAAAAUAUGAAUAUGAUGUGCUGUUUAUUAUGCUAUGCUAAUCAUGACUCUCAUACGCAUUUGUUUUUUGAAUGUAAAUACUCGUCACAAGUGUGGAUGCUGGUUAGACAAAAAGCGGGUAUGGGUUCGGUGCAUGCUAAUUGGGAUGACAUCGUUAACUGGUUACUGGAUCGGUCUAAGUCAAACUUGGCGUCAGUUUACGUUGCUAAACUGUCAGUGGCUGCUACGGCCUACUUCAUUUGGCAAGAGCGGAAUGCCAGAUUAUUUAGAAACCAGGUGAGGCCCCCGGAAUCCUUAAGUGAAACCAUUAUACAACAAGUGCGGUACAAGCUGAUUGGAGCAAAGUUGAAAAAGUGCGAAAAUGUUCGAAAGCUUUUAAGGGAUUGGGAUAUUGAAGUUUCGGAUGUGCACGAUGAUGGCGGCUGA